AUGACGACAGAUAUUUCCGUGGUCCGUUGGGACCAGACUUUACCGCAAGAUUUAACUCAAGAAAUAGUCGAAUACGAUGGUGGUAACAGUUCGUCGAGACUUUUCGAAAGAUCUAGAAUCAAAGCUUUGGCAGAUGAAAGAGAAAGCGUUCAAAAGAAAACAUUCCAGAAAUGGGUAAAUUCUCAUUUGGUAAGGGUUUCCUGUCGGAUCGGAGACCUUUACGUCGAUUUAAGAGAUGGAAAAAUGCUUUUGAAAUUACUUGAAGUUUUAUCCGGCGAACGUUUGCCGAGGCCGACAAAAGGAAAAAUGAGAAUUCAUUGUUUAGAAAACGUAGAUAAAGCACUGCAAUUUCUUCGGGAACAGAGAGUUCAUUUGGAAAAUAUGGGUUCACACGAUAUUGUCGAUGGAAAUCCACGGCUUAGCUUGGGUUUAAUCUGGACUAUCAUAUUGAGAUUUCAGAUUCAAGAUAUUACCAUUGAAGAAACCGAUAAUCAAGAAACAAAAUCGGCUAAAGAUGCUUUAUUGUUAUGGUGUCAAAUAAAAACCGCCGGAUAUCCGAACGUGAAUGUUAGAAAUUUCACGACUAGCUGGCGGGACGGUUUAGCAUUUAAUGCCAUAAUUCACAAACAUAGACCGGAAUUAAUUCAAUUUGAAAAACUUUCCAAAAAUAAUGCAAUAUAUAAUUUAAAUAAUGCCUUCAACGUGGCCGAAGACAAAUUAGGCUUGACGAAAUUGUUGGAUGCCGAAGAUGUUUACGUCGAUCAACCCGACGAAAAGAGUAUUAUCACAUAUGUCGUCACGUAUUACCACAAGUUCAGUAAAAUCAAACAAGACAAUGUUCAAGGGAAAAGAAUAGGAAAAGUUGUUCGGAUUGCGAUGGACAACGAAAAAAUGAUUCACGAAUACGAAACGCUGACGUCCGACUUGCUUAAAUGGAUAGAGAAAACAAUUGCCCAACUUGGGGAUAGACAAUUUGCCAAUUCAUUACACGGAGUUCAACAACAAUUAUUACAAUUUAAUUCUUACCGAACGGUCGAGAAACCUCCCAAGUUUGUCGAAAAGGGAAAUCUCGAAGUUCUUCUCUUCACUCUUCAAUCUAAAAUGAGAGCGAAUAAUCAAAAGCCAUACACGCCGCGCGAGGGUAAAAUGAUAUCCGACAUAAAUAAAGCUUGGGAAAGGUUAGAGAAAGCGGAACACGAAAGGGAAUUGGCUUUGCGUGAAGAAUUAAUACGGCAAGAAAAAUUGGAACAAUUGGCCGCGAGAUUUAACAGGAAGGCGUCAAUGAGAGAAACUUGGCUAAGCGAAAAUCAAAGGCUCGUUUCGCAAGAUAAUUUCGGAUUGGAUUUGGGAGCCGUGGAAGCGGCCGCAAAGAAACACGAAGCAAUAGAAACUGAUAUUUUUGCUUACGAAGAAAGAGUUCAAGCCGUGGUCGCUGUAUCACAAGAACUCGAAGCUGAAAACUAUUAUGAUAUUAACAGAAUAAAUGCUCGAAAAGAAAACGUUUUACGUCUUUGGAGUUAUUUGCUCGAGCUUUUGAGAGCCAGAAGAUCGAGGUUAGAGCUUUCGCUUCAACUUCAACAAAACUUCCAAGAAAUGUUAUACAUACUCGAUUCGAUGGAAGAACUUAAAAUGCGUCUCUUAUCCGACGACUUUGGAAAGCAUUUGAUGGGUGUCGAAGACUUGUUACAGAAACACAGUCUCGUCGAAGCUGACAUCAAUGUUUUAGGAGAGCGAGUGAAGGCUGUUGUGUUGCAAUCGCAAAGAUUUUUGGAUCAAGAAACUCUAGAAGGCUACAAACCUUGUGACCCGACUGUUAUAGUGGAUAGAGUUCAACAACUUGAGGACGCCUACGGCGAAUUAGUGAAUUUGGCAGUUGAAAGAAGAAAGAGAUUAGAAGAGAGUAGGCAGCUGUGGCAGUUUUAUUGGGAUAUGGCGGAUGAAGAAAAUUGGAUCAAGGAAAAAGAACAAAUUAUGAUGAAUGGUGAUAUUGGUCAUGAUUUGACAACGAUAAAUUUACUUUUGUCAAAGCAUAAGGCUUUAGAGAAUGAAAUUGCCAGCCACGAACCGCAGCUCAUGUCUGUCGUAUCCAUCGGUGAAGAACUUGUAAAUAGAGAUCACUUUGGUGCUACUCGCGUUAGAGACAGACUUCAGGAAAUUUUGGGUAUGUGGCAACACUUAUCUGAUUUGGCAGCUCUCAGGAGAAAACGACUUGAAGAAGCUGUCGACUAUCAUCAGUUCUUUGCCGAUGCCGAUGAUGUUGAUAUUUGGAUGCUGGACACAUUGCGUCUUGUUUCUUCAGAAGAUGUUGGCAGAGACGAAGCUAAUGUUCAGUCUCUACUUAAAAAACAUAACGAUGUAGCUGAGGAAUUGAAGAAUUACGAAGCUACAAUAGCUGCUCUUAAAAAUCAAGCUUCACAACUUGGAGAACACGAUAAACAAUCUCCUGAGGUAUUAGAUAGGCUUUCUAGCAUUGAUCACAGAUAUAAGGAAUUAUUGGAACUCUCCAAAUUGAGAAAACAACGUUUGUUGGAUGCAUUGUCUCUGUAUAAACUUUUCUCGGAAUCAGAUGGCGAUCGUAUGCUUCUCACUAUGGUACCAGCAAAAGACAUCGAAGAUGUCGAGAUUAUGAAACAUCGUUACGAUGGAUUUGAAAAAGAAAUGAAUGCGAACGCUUCUCGAGUGGCCGUAGUUAAUCAAUUGGCUCGUAAAUUGCUUCACGUCGAGCAUCCCAAUUCGGAACAAAUUAUGGCCAAACAGAAUCAGCUCAAUCAUAAAUGGGCUGAACUCAGAGAAAAAGCAGAAGCCAAAAGAGAUGAACUGGGUUCUGCACACGGAGUUCAAACUUUCCAUAUCGAGUGCAGAGAAACAUUGUCGUGGAUUGAAGACAAAAAACGUAUUUUGCAAGAAACCGAUAGUCUCGGCAUGGACUUAACUGGAAUAAUGACGCUUCAGCGUCGUCUAUCCGGAAUGGAGAGAGAUUUGGCUGCCAUUCAAGCUAAAUUAGACUCUUUGGAAAAAGAAGCCGAAGCAAUAAAUAAAGAUCAUCCCGAAGAGGCGGAGGUCAUCAGAGGCAGAAUCAAACAAAUUAAGGUUAUUUGGGAACAAUUGACGCAAAUGCUCAAAGAGCGCGAUGCUAAAUUGGAAGAAGCCGGAGACCUUCAUAGAUUCUUGCGUGACCUUGAUCAUUUUCAAACUUGGCUCAAAAAAAUUCAAACGGAUGUGGCAUCGGAAGAUACACCCUCUUCUCUUCCGGAAGCUGAAAAAUUACUUAAUCAACAUCAAAGCAUCAGAGAAGAAAUUGAUAAUUACAGACAAGAUUAUUUGAAGAUGAUGGAAUACGGAGAACGAAUAACAGCAGAACCUUCUACACAAGAUGAUCCACAAUACAUGUUCUUGCGUGAAAGAUUGAAAGCUUUGAAAGAUGGCUGGGAAGAAUUACAUCAAAUGUGGGAGAAUCGUCAACAACUUUUAUCCCAGAGUUUGAACCUCCAGAUGUUCAACAGAGAUGCUAAACAAGCUGAAGUUUUACUUAAUCAGCAAGAACACGUUCUUAGCAAAGAUGACACGCCCGCGAAUCUAGAACAAGCUGAAAAUCUAAUUAAACGUCACGAAGCAUUUUUGACGACGAUGGAAGCUAACGACGAUAAAGUCAAUGCAGUUGUACAGUUUGCAGCUCGUCUAUGCGAUGAAGGACAUUUUGAUUCUGAUAAAAUACACAAAAAAGCUGAAAAUCUUAACGAUAGAAGAAACGCGAAUCGAGACAGAGCCAUUUUAAUGAUGAACAAAUUGAAAGAUCAAUUGAUGCUUCAUCAAUUUUUACAGGAUUGCGAAGAACUUGGAGAAUGGAUUCAAGAAAAAAAUCUUACAGCCCAAGACGAUACCUACAGAAGUGCAAAAACUGUGCAUUCCAAAUGGACUAGACAUCAAGCUUUCGAAGCUGAAAUUGGUGCAAAUAAAGAUCGCCUGUUGCGUAUCAAACAAGUGAGUACUCAACUUAUCAAGGAAAAACCAGAAUUGGCUGAUAUUGUGAAGCCUAAAAUUGGAGAAUUAUUACAGCAAUUUGAUAAUUUGGAAAAAACAACAAAAGAUAAAGGAGAAAGACUUUUUGAUGCAAAUAGAGAAACUCUCAUGUAUCAAACUUGCGAUGAUAUCGAUUCUUGGAUGAACGAAUUGGAAAAACAAAUCGAAAGUGACGAUACCGGUUCAGAUCUGGCCAGUGUUAAUAUUUUAAUGCAAAAGCAGCAGAUGAUAGAAACUCAAAUGGCAGUCAAAGCUAAGCAAGUAUCUGAUUUGGAGUCCCAAGCCGAAUACCUACAAAAAACAGUUCCCGAAAAAAUGGAUGAUAUCGUUACGAAAAAAGCCAAAGUCGAAGAAAGAUUCCAACAGCUCAAGCAACCGUUACUCGAAAGACAAAGGCAACUCGAAAAGAAAAAAGAAGCCUUCCAAUUCCGUCGCGAUGUCGAAGAUGAAAAACUGUGGAUCGGAGAAAAAAUGCCGCAAGCUACGUCUUCCGAUCACGGUACGUCAUUAUUUAACGUUCACAUGCUCCGAAAAAAGAAUCAAUCUCUCAAAACCGAAAUCGAAAAUCACGAGCCUAGAAUUACGCUCGUGUGCAACAAUGGUCAAAAAUUAAUCGAUGAAAAUCACGAAGACAGUCCGGAAUUUGAAAAAUUAAUUGCGGAUUUAAAACGAAAAUAUCAAGAGCUCAAAGAAGCCGUUGAUAGCAGAGAAAAAGAUUUGAAACAAAAUGAAAAAGUCCAACAGUAUUUCUUCGACACGAAUGAAGCUGAAUCAUGGAUGAGCGAACAAGAAUUAUACAUGAUGGUGGAAGACAGAGGUAAAGAUGAAAUAUCAGCGCAGAAUUUAAUGAAAAAACACGAAACUUUGGAAUUGGCCAUGGAAGAUUAUGCGGAUACCAUCAGGCAGUUGGGUGAGACCGCUAGACAAUUGAUCAAUGAUCGCCAUCCUCUAAGUGACCAAAUUAGUGUUAAGCAAUCUCAAGUUGACAAAUUGUAUGCCGGAUUGAAGGAUUUGGCCGGGGAGCGAAGGGCUAAAUUAGAAGAAGCUCUGCAGUUGUUUAUGUUAAACAGAGAAGUUGACGAUUUAGAACAAUGGAUUGCUGACCGCGAGGUAGUCGCCGGCUCACACGAACUCGGUCAAGAUUACGAUCAUGUUACAUUGCUGUGGGAAAGAUUUAAAGAAUUUGCUAGGGAUACUGAAUCGAUCGGAUCUGAAAGAGUGGCUGCCGUCAAUCAAAUGGCAGAUGGGUUAAUUUCAGCUGGUCACAGUGAUUCUGCAACUAUUGCCGAAUGGAAAGAUGGUUUAACGGAAGCAUGGCAAGAUUUGUUGGAGUUGAUCGAAACAAGAACUCAAAUGUUGCAAGCGAGCAGAGAACUUCACAAAUUUUUCCACGAUUGCAAAGAUGUUUUGGGCCGAAUCAUGGAAAAACAUCACUCAAUGUCAGAUGAAUUGGGCCGGGAUGCUGGAAGCGUGUCAGCUCUACAGAGGAAACAUCAAAAUUUCAUGCAAGAUCUCAUGACUCUUCAGUCUCAGGUUUUGACAAUAGAAGAUGAAAGUAAUCGUCUUCAAGCAUCUUAUGCCGGUGAUAAAGCUCGAGAAAUAACCAACAGAGAAGCGGAAGUUGCGAGCGCUUGGGCCAUUUUACAGGCUCUAUGCGAGGCAAGGCGAAAUAAAUUGGCCGAUUCGGGUGAUUUAUUUAAAUUCUUUAACAUGGUCAGAACUCUCCUCCUGUGGAUGAACGAUGUUUUCAGGCAAAUGAACACUUCGGAAAAACCAAGAGAUGUUAGCGGAGUCGAAUUGUUGAUGAACAAUCACCAAAGUUUGAAAGCGGAAAUUGACGCCCGAGAAGAUAAUUUUAGCGCUUGUAUAUCGUUGGGAAAAGAACUUUUAUCGCGGAAUCAUUUUGCUUCGAACGAAAUUAAAGAAAAACUUUUAAUGUUGACGAAUCGUAGGAAUUCAUUAUUGCAACGUUGGGAAGAAAGAUGGGAGAAUUUGCAAUUAAUUUUGGAAGUUUAUCAAUUUGCAAGAGAUGCAGCUGUUGCCGAAGCAUGGCUAAUAGCACAAGAACCAUAUCUCAUGAGCACAGAAUUAGGGCACACGAUAGACGAAGUAGAAAAUCUAAUUAAAAAACACGAGGCAUUUGAAAAAUCGGCAUCGGCUCAAGAAGAAAGAUUUAGUGCAUUAGAACAAAUAAUAUUUUAUUCGGAUAAAUUUUACAAACCUGACAGGGGUAAAAAACGUUCUUGGAAAAAUAGAAAACCUCCGAGGAGGAGGAGGAGGAUUCGUUCUUUCCUAUGGAAAAACGACAGGGACUGGAAUGAAAAAUUAAAAAAUGUAUUUUUUUCCAGCGAGGAAGUGGGUGACAGCAAAUGUUGCGAUACUAAAUUAUUUUUAAAUAACGAACGUAAAUUGUUUGAAAAUGAAAAUAAAAUGUACGAUUUGAGCGGGGGACAAAAUGACAAAGUUUCGGAUUCGUCCUUACCUCCCCUACCACUCCCCGAUCCCAUGGAAUUUAUUUCCAUUUACAGAGAGGUAUAUGAACUUUUGGAAGGUAUGCUACAACGUAAACACGAAUGGGAAUCAACAACUAAAAAAGCAUCCAACAGAUCUUGGGACAAGGUCUACGUUGUGAUGAAAGGGCCGCAAUUAUCCUUUUACAAGGAUGCCAAAUCAUAUAAAGCAGCACCCGAUGUGUGUCUAAAGAACGAACAACGUUUAGAUCUUAAAAACGGUUUCAUCGAGGUUGCUCUUGAUUACACGAAAAAGAAACACGUGUUCAGGCUGAAGACAGCCAGCGGAGCUGAAUUGUUAUUUCAAGCCAAGGACGAUGAAGAAAUGAAUCAAUGGGUAUCGGCAAUGGGUGCUCAAUGCGAGGGAGGAGCAGCGGCGGCGGGACCAGGAAAAUCUCAAACUCUUCCAGCCGGUCCGGGACAAAGCGAACAGAAGAAAAGAAGUUUUUUUACACUUAAAAAAAAGUAA